CUGCCUUCUCUCUCUCUUUCUCUCUAGGCCUCCAUCCCGGCCGGGGGCGGGCCGGGGGGCGCACGGCCGCCGCCACCAUGAGUUCCUUCAGCUAUGAGCCGUAUUACUCGACCUCGUACAAGCGGCGCUACGUGGAGACGCCCCGGGUCCACAUCUCCAGCGUGCGCAGCGGCUACAGCACGGCGCGCUCCGCUUACUCCAGCUACUCGGCGCCCGUGUCCUCCUCGCUGUCCGUGCGCCGCAGCUACUCCUCCAGCUCCGGGUCGCUGCUGCCCAGCCUGGAGAACCUCGACCUGAGUCAGGUGGCGGCCAUCAGCAACGACCUCAAGUCCAUCCGCACGCAGGAGAAGGCGCAGCUGCAGGACCUCAACGACCGCUUCGCCAGCUUCAUCGAGCGCGUGCACGAGCUGGAGCAGCAGAAUAAGGUGCUGGAGGCCGAGCUGCUGGUGCUGCGCCAGAAGCACUCGGAGCCGUCCCGCUUCCGGGCGCUGUACGAGCAGGAGAUCCGCGACCUGCGCCUGGCGGCCGAGGACGCCACGACCGAGAAGCAGGCGCUGCAGGGCGAGCGCGAGGGGCUGGAGGAGACGCUGCGCACGCUGCAGGCGCGCUACGAGGAGGAGGUGCUGAGCCGCGAGGACGCCGAGGGCCGCCUGAUGGAGGCGCGCAAGGGCGCCGACGAGGCCGCGCUGGCGCGCGCCGAGCUGGAGAAGCGCAUCGACAGCCUGAUGGACGAGAUCGCCUUCCUGAAGAAGGUGCACGAGGAGGAGAUCGCCGAGCUGCAGGCCCAGAUCCAGUACGCGCAGAUCUCCGUGGAGAUGGACGUGUCCUCCAAGCCCGACCUCUCCGCCGCGCUCAAGGACAUCCGCGCGCAGUACGAGAAGCUGGCCGCCAAGAACAUGCAGAACGCCGAGGAGUGGUUCAAGAGCCGCUUCACCGUGCUCACCGAGAGCGCCGCCAAGAACACCGACGCCGUGCGCGCCGCCAAGGACGAGGUGUCCGAGAGCCGCCGCCUGCUCAAGGCCAAGACCCUGGAGAUCGAGGCCUGCCGGGGCAUGAACGAGGCGCUGGAGAAGCAGCUCCAGGAGCUGGAGGACAAGCAGAACGCCGACAUCAGCGCCAUGCAGGACACCAUCAACAAAUUGGAAAAUGAGCUGAGGACCACAAAGAGUGAAAUGGCAAGAUACCUGAAAGAAUAUCAGGACCUCCUGAAUGUGAAGAUGGCCCUGGACAUUGAGAUCGCAGCUUACAGGAAACUCUUGGAAGGUGAAGAGACCCGGCUCAGCUUUACGAGCAUGGGCAGCCUCUCCAGUAGCUACUCCCAGAGCUCUCAGCUCUUCGGCCGAUCUACCUAUGGCGGUCUGCAGACCAGCUCCUACCUGAUGUCCGCCCGCUCCUUCCCCUCCUACUACACCAGCCAUGUCCAGGAAGAGCAGAUCGAGGUGGAGGAGACCAUUGAGGCCACCAAAGCUGAGGAAGCCAAGGAUGAGCCCCCCUCCGAAGGGGAAGCCGAGGAGGAGGAGAAGGAGAAGGAAGAAGCUGAGGAAGAGGAGGGAGGGGAAGAGGAAGAAGCCAAGGAAGAAUCUGAAGAUGCAAAGGAGGAAGAAGAAGGAGGAGGUGAUGGCGAGGAAGAAGACACCAAAGAAUCCGAAGAGGAUGAGAAGAAAGAGGAAGGUGCUGGAGAGGAGCAAGCAACAAAGAAGAAAGAUUGAGCCCCACCCCCACCCCUACCCCCCACUUUCCUUAACUAUUCCCAGAGUAAUUCUCCCCAAAUCAGGUCAACCUCAUCACCAACCAGCCAGUUGAGUUGCAGAUCCUAUGUGAAUUACGAAGUCACUACAUGUAUAAUUCUGAGAUGAUUAGGUUGGACAUUCAGUGUUGUGCUAUGAAUUUUUCUCCUUAUGCAGAGUAUCUGUUAGCUUGCAGAGUGGCUUUCUGGCUGCCGCCAGCCUAUGCAUGGUUCACGCUUAUGAGUUCAGGAUCUUUGGCAAUGAGAAUCAUUCAGAUGUUUACAA